AUGCCCUCCCCUGCUAGGAGGAUUUUCUCACGAAGCUGGACGCACAAGAGGGUGAUGCGAUGGACUAUAUACUCUAGAGAGUCGACGAGGACGGAACAUGAAACUGUGACUGCUGUAUAUCUCCUGUCUCACAUCCCGCCCGAUUCAAUUUCCCUGCAGCUGACAUCGAAGCAAGCAACUACAGUCGGCGAACCAGAGCUUAUAAAGAGGUUCUGGCAUCUUGCAUGCGAGGAUACAUCCAGCAUGCUACACGAUAGACAGCAGCCUGACAUUCCGGUCGUUCCACUCAGCGUACCCUUCGCAACUGCCAUCAAAACUUCUGGAGAGAACUUUGUCGGGACCGAUGUCGCCGCCGAGCAGACCAAAUACGACAACCUCGUCGCAGAGAAGGACGAGCUUGUUGACGCCGUUCUCGAGGAAGCCGAGAACUUCCUCGGGCUCAACUUCGGCUCCAUCAUAGGCACUAUCGGCAAGGUUACGGGAACAAUCGCUGGUGCAGCUGGCAAAGCCAUCUCCAUCGCUGAGAAGAUCGGUCCGAUCGUCCAGAGAGUCACCCAGGCCAAAGACGUCCUCCAGGGCAUCAGCGGUGCUUUGGCCAGUUCGAGCAACUUCACCGAGGACAAGGCCCAGACGGAACAGAUCGCGGCUACCGCACAGAAGGCUGACGACCUCGACGCUGCGUUGGCCCAGGUCCAAGGUAGCCUGAAGGUCCUUGAGGAUCACAAGAAGGCCUUGAUAAUUCCCGAAUCCUUCACCGAAGACGAGCCUGAAGCCGAGAACUUCCUCCCGAUCGUCUUCGGGGCUAUCCAGGCCGUGUCUACUGUCGUAGGCAUCGUCAAGACCCUCCGCAAGUAA